CAUAAUCCAUUGUCGCAGUCUACUCGUUUUCCCGCCAUCUCACUUGUUGGAAUCAAAGAUGUUGUGGGUGGACAAGUACAGGCCUAAAACCCUUGACAAUCUCAUCGUCCACGAUGAUGUUGCUCAAAAUCUGAAGAAACUGGUUACUGAGCAGGAUUGCCCCCAUUUGCUGUUCUACGGCCCACCCGGAUCGGGCAAGAAAACCCUAAUCAUGGCCAUUCUCAGACAGAUGUUCGGACCCAGCGCUGACAAGGUGAAGGUAGAGAACAAGACAUGGAAAAUUGAUGCUGGAACGAGAACUAUUGAUCUGGAGCUUACAACAUUAUCAAGCACGCAUCACAUGGAACUGAAUCCGGGGGAUGCAGGCUUUCAGGAUAGAUACAUUGUUCAAGAGAUAAUUAAAGAAAUGGCAAAGAAUAGACCAAUUGACACAAAAGGAAAGAAGGGGUUUAGAGUAUUGGUGCUCAAUGAGGUCGACAGACUUUCAAGAGAAGCCCAGCAUUCCCUUCGAAGAACAAUGGAGAAGUAUAGUGCAUCAUGCCGAUUAAUUCUAUGUUGCAACAGUUCUUCAAAGGUUACGGAAGCAGUUCGGUCUCGCUGUCUAAACAUCCGAAUAAAUGCACCAACAGAAGAGCAGAUUACUAAGGUGUUAGAGUUCAUUGCUAAGAAAGAAGGGCUGCAACUUCCAUCUGGAUUUGCUACCCGCAUUGCAGAAAAAUCAAAUCGGAGUUUAAGGAGGGCUAUACUAUCUUUUGAGACUUGUCGUGUCCAACAGUAUCCUUUUACAAAUAACCAAGCAAUGCCCCCUAUGGAUUGGGAGGAAUAUGUUUCUGAAAUAGCAUCUGACAUAAUGAAGGAGCAGAGCCCCAAAAGGCUGUUUCAAGUCCGAGGAAAACUGUAUGAACUACUCAUCAAUUGCAUUCCUCCAGAAAUCAUUUUAAAGAGGCUGCUUUUGGAACUAUUGAAGAAACUGGAUGCCGAACUAAAGCAUGAGGUCUGCCAUUGGGCUGCAUACUAUGAGCAUAGGAUGCGACUUGGACAGAAAGCAAUAUUUCACAUCGAAGCAUUUGUGGCCAAGUUCAUGAGCAUUUAUAAGGCUUUCCUCAUUGCAACUUUUGGCUGAAGACUUACCUGCACUCCAAUCAAAUCUGUUGAAUGUAAUGAAAAGUACGUUCCCCCCCUUUUAACAACUGGCUAUUUUUCAAUUUGAUGAUUUGCUUAUUCCAGGUUGUCUAAAGAGGUUUUUCCACCAUCCAAAAAUAUAUAUGUAUACAUGUGGAAAAUGAUUAGUGCUAGGGCUGCAACUCAGAGCUGUUUGGGAUGAAAGAAGAUGAGUUUAGUUCCCAUGGAUUGGGAAGAGGAGACUUGGCAGUUGGCAUUACCAGAUGUGUUAAAUGUUAAUUAAUAUUUUUAAUGUAUUUAUGCUAAUGUUAGCAGUAGACUUCA